UCCUUUCUGCGGUUUUCCCGCGGGCUGGGGCGUCCAGCAUUAUUUGGAAAGGGGUUGCAAGCAGCUCACGUCGCAUCCGCGUCCCGCCCCUGGCCCCAGGCCUGCUGGAUCCCCCAAAAGAGUGCCCUGUGUGUGGGAGUUUCUCCCUCCAGAGACCAGUGAACAAACAUCACAGGCCCAGAUCUUCAACUUACGAUUCCCUACCCUGCCCCGAUGGCCACUGCGAGCCUUGCCCACAGCCCUCUGUACCAGAUCCUGGUCCGGGUGUCGGAGAACUAUGUUGGAAUGGAAAGGAAGCUGCAAAAGUAUUUCCAGAACCCGUCUAGGUCUGGAGGAGGCAAGUGCAAGGUCAAAGCUGGUCCCCGUGAAGGCACUUUCUGGGUAGAGUUUUAUAAAAGACAAGCCAAGGAAGGUGUGAUAGCAAAGGGAGAUCACUCUUUGGUGGUCGGUGCUGGAUCACAUGUGAACAUAUACCUAGAAACAAAUGAUGACCUAGGAGAUAACAUUUUGGAGUCAGGCCAGCUUUCCUCUCAGACUCAGUCACUCCCAGAGAAAUUUCCAAAUGGGAAGCACUCAGAUGAAGGAGGUGCUGCUAGCUCCCUUGAUUUCUCCACUCUAAAGAUAUUUCUCCAGGUAAGGGCCCGGCUGAACUUCAAGCUUUCCAAAGAGCAAAGGGAGGAAAUCCUUAAGCUCUGCCCAAAUGUCAAAAUAGAGGGAGGCCAGCAUGGGCCUGAGAAAGUGAUUGGUGACUUUGAAGAUAUUAAAAAGAUUUACCAAUUCUUAAGCGAGACGAUCCUAGAAAAUGACUCAGUCUCAGCAAGAGAAAAUGAGCCCCUUAUGCCAAAUGACUGUGACAGUGCUACUGCUCAGACAAACCCAAAACGCAAAACAGAAGAGGAGUCAGAUGUUAUCUCAGUUCCUUCACGUUUGUAUGACUAUUUCAAAUAUUUCUUUGCUGAAACUCUGGACAGAAUACAAAGUGAGUAUCAAGUACGUAUCAAAAGUACUGUGUCAUAUACUACAGGCAAUGUGAGUUUAGACUUUGAGACAAAUAAGUCAUGGGACAGGAGAGCAGCUCAAGAAGCUUUUGCCAGAGCAUUUCAGAGGGAAGUAAAGAAUGUGAUCCAUAAGGAACUUCAUUUCGCAGAUCAUAAGCUGGUCCUUGAAGUCCAAAAAAUACUGGCUGACAUCUUUAAAAGCCUCCGUGUUAAAGGGGAAGGAAAAAUCUUGGUCCUCUGUGGAAGCCCACAGGAUCUCUUAGGAGCUCAACAUUUCAUUGAAGCAAACUUCACCCGCAAACCGCCUCUUGAAAUGAUGCUUUACCAAAAUGCAAUGAAGAAUGAAGUUGAGGUUGAUACUGUUUACUUGCAUCUUCUGCGCCAAGAAGUCAAAGACAUAGAGAAAACAUAUGACACUGUAAUGGAAUUGGUGAACAGACCCCAAACUCGGAGAACACUAGUUGUAUUUAAGCCAAAACACAAAGAUAUUGACCUCUCUGCACAUGCUUAUGAAGAUUUCAUUGAGGUCUUUCAGAUGCUCUUAGCUGAGAUUGUCAAAGAGGUGGUUAUAUUGAAACCAUUAAGCCAAGGGAAAAAGUGUCGACCUGAAAAGACAUUCUUUGAAGAGUUUGAAAGAAAGCACCCCUAUGUAAACUUGGAGUGGUAUGAACAAGAACUGACCUUGACUGGUUUGCCCAAGUACCUUGCAAAAGCUAUAAAAUAUGUCAAGAGACAUUUUAGUAUUGAAAUUCCUGCUCAGCAAAGACAAGUUCCAGCCCUCUUCCUUGGAGAAAUUUGGGAUAGAGACCCCAAAUGCCCCUUGGCCAAAAAUGCUGCUGAUUUCAAGGCAACUUUAUCUCCCUUCAAUGAAUUGCCUAGCAGUGCUGACAUAGGAAUAGAGGAGGAGGAAGAAGAGGAGGAGGACGAAUGUGCCAUCUGUCUGGAUGUCAUUCAAGACAAAGAAGUCCUUUCAAAGUGCAAGCAUGUGUUCUGUGCCCCUUGUAUCAAAGAGGCCAUGAAACAUAGGCCAGUGUGCCCUGUAUGCCAGACUUCCUAUCAUAUUGUAAAAGGGAACCAGCCAGAUGGAACAAUGACAGCCUCUUACAGAGCUUCUUCACUUCCAGGUUAUAAUUCCUGCGGCACUAUUGUGAUUCAUUAUGACAUGCGAGGAGGCAUACAGACACAAGAUCAUCCCAACCCAGGGAGACGCUAUGAAGGAACAAGACGGGUGGCAUACUUGCCAAACAAUGAAGAAGGACGGCAGGUUUUGGUUCUCCUCAGAAGAGCUUUUGACCAAAGGUUGAUUUUCACAGUAGGACAGUCUCGAACAUCAGGAGCCAAUGAUGUGAUCACUUGGAAUGAUAUUCACCACAAAACUCUCCAAUUCGGUGGGCCAGAAAACUUUGGGUACCCUGAUCCCAACUAUCUGCAGCGAGUCAAGCUGGAGCUGAAGGCAAAAGGAAUUGAGUAAGAGUGCUGACUUCAAGGACGCCUUGAAAACUGGGCUUGCAAAUGCUGUAGCUGUGCAAAGGAAUCAAUGAUCAUUAAAAUAUAUGUGUGUGUAGGCAGCUUUUAGAGAAAAAGAAAUGAAUUUGAGAAUAACUUAGUUUGUUUAGGGGUGAAUGGGAUGAACUGUGAUCUGCUAACCUGUCUAAUUUCUUGGAGUGUUUUACUUCUUAUUAGACAAACUGAGAGCCUGGUAGGAAUGUAAAAAUCCCUCUAGUGAGAACCCAAAGCAUAUCUCUAAGUGUUUUCCUAACUUUCUCCAUUUUGCUGUCACCAGAGAUGCUGGAGUUGAGGAAUCUUCCAUUGUACCACUUGCACAAGGUGAUGACUGACUCUCAGGUCCAUUCACAUUUGUGCUAAGCAGUUGGUGGCCUCAGACCUCACCAGAACUUAUUCCUUUCUAACUGGAAUGGUAGCCAGGAACAUUAAAAACAUUGGAAGACAUCUUGAAGAAGAUUAAUCUCCAAAUACCUUCAUGAGUCCUUCACUUCAGAAAGAAACUAUCCAUCCUUGGGACUCUGGCAAAUUCAGUGUAAAUUGAGGAGUGGGGAAAGCUGUUUCUGCCUUCAACCAAUUCCAGUGACUUCCAAUCACUUUCAGGAUCAAAUAGAAAAGCCUCUGUUUUUUGGUAUUCAAAUCCCUUUAUAGCCUUGCCCCUCCCUUUACUCCACCACCAUGUAAUCUGUGAUCCAGUCAUAAUGGCCUCCUUGAUGUUCCCUGCACAAGAAACUUAAUCUCUGGGGAUUUGGAUUUGCAUUUUCACUGUAUAUCCACCAUGCCUGGAAAUCUUUUCCUCUUCAUUUCUACCCACUAGCUUCCCUGACUUCUUCCAAGUCCUACCUAAAAUCCUACCUUCUACAUGAAGCCUCUCCCAUACCCCUUAAUACUGGUGCUUUUCCUGUGUGGAUUAUCUCCAAAUUGUCCUGUAUGUAAUUUGUUUGUAUAUAGUUGUUUGCAUAUUGUCUUCCCCAUUAGACUAUAAGCUACCUGAAACAGGAGACUUUCCUCUUUUUUUAUAUCCCUAGCACUUAUCACAUUGCCUAGAAUAUAUGUAAGCACUUAAUAAAUACUUGUUGACUGACUGACCAUGGGCAAGGUCAUUGACCUGGGAAUCAGUUUCCAGGUUAAUAGGCAACUGGCAUUGGUUUGUGUGCUGCCCUGCUCUUCUGCAUUAUUAGCUCACCUUUUGGGGUGCACCUUGUGGCAAUUGCUGUUUGCCUAGUCAUAGUGAGACCCAAUUUAUGCCCAAAUACUUUCUCACUUUUAACCUCCACAAAAUUGUCUGCUCUCGAUUUGCCAUUAUUCAAGGUGCCCCUUUAAAAGUGUAGUUGUGGGGCAACAGAUGAAAUGCCCUGGUAUUUCCAACAAAAAAUAUUAAGCAGAAAUAUUCCUUAAGAGCUUAAAUAUCAGAUUCUGCAGCAUUGCUUGGAAAAUGAAAGAGAACCUGUUACACAGAGAGUUUCUUUUCCCAGUUAUGAACAGCUUAUUGGUGAUAAUGCAACACUUUAUUGCCCUGCUGCAGAUGGUUAAGUAUUGUAGCUCAAGUGCUCUUUAGUUGGUUCUUUAAAUAAUUAAACCAUUGGAUCUGGCUCUAUGCUUAUUUUAGGGAAGACAUGGCUUAAUGGCUGUGUCAGAUGCUUCUAAUAAAGCUAAGACUGUGUAAUGAUCAGAAAAAGGUUACAGUUUGUAAAAAAAAAUUAUUAACUAUUUCUGUGUUUUUAUAUUUGUUUGUAAUAUCUCUGUGUCCUAAACUAACAUGAUCAAUUUUUUGUAAAACUUUCAUGUACUUCUGUGAAAUGUGUAUAUUCUUUUCCAGUCCCAUUUAGAAGAUGCCAGAAGUCUUUCUGACCUAGUUUCUCCAGGCAUUUGUUCAGUUCCUUUUUUCCCUUUUUGUUUAUUUUUCUAUUAAAAACAUUCCAAACUG